GCAGCAGCAGCAGCUCGACGGUACGAUGAGCUCGGUUGUGCCCCUGCUGGUGAGUCUCAGUCCUGCGGUUCUGCUUCUCUUCCUGCUUCCUCACGUCAGCGUCACUCAGCAUGAGGAGCGCUGGAGCUCACAGUGCCACCACAACUGCUCCUGGAAAUGUCUCCUGUUCACUCUGCAGUGGCCCGGGGGCUUCUGCCAGUCUCUCAACAAACAGUCUGAGUGCAGAAUCCCUCCGAGCGUCAACAGCUGGGGCAUCCACGGCCUGUGGCCCAUUAAGGCCAUGAGAUGCUGUGACUGCUGGAGGAUGUUCCACUCUGACGUCCAGGAGCUGAAGGUGGAGCUGGAUGAACACUGGCCGUCAUUCGUGAAGAGCAGAUCCAACUUCAUGUUCUGGAAGGACGAGUGGGAGAAACACGGCGUGUGUGCAGCGUGCGUUGAAGGAAUGAACUCACCGCUCAGAUAUUUCCAGAUCUGCCUCAAACUACGAGCUCAGUUUGACUUCCACAAAGUUCUGGAGGACGCUGGUAUCACUCCAUCCUGUGAGCGGCCCUACAAGGUUGCGGAGGUGCGCAGCGUCUUGGCUCCACUUCUGGGCGACAGACAUGAGAUCCAGUGUGUCACAGACGAUGAGGGUCGGGAGGUCUGGUUUCAGGUGAAGAUCCCUCUGGCUCGCAACCUGACCGUUGGCUGUGACCGUCACCAUGGCGACGCGGCCGUUGACGGGGAUCACCAUGGCUACGCCGCCGCCGAAGGGGAUCACCACGGCUACGCGGCCGCCGACGGGGAUCCAGCAGCCGGGUCGGACCUGAAAUGGGCCGCUCCUCCUCCUCCUCCUCCUCCUGUUGGACACCCCUGUCCUCCUCACACUCCUUUCUUCUUCUUCCCCAUCGACCACGAGCAGCCGCGGAAACCCUGCCGCUAACAGCUGAUUGCUUGGUGAUCC